AAGAGGAUAAUAUUGGUGAGAGAAAAUGAUGGGGUCCUGCGCCAAGCUUCUUGGGAGGAGCGUGAUAGAAUGAAUCAGCUGUACAAUCUACGGCCUGGGCGAAAGAUCCUUAUUCCCAAGGUCUUCAGGGAGGAGAAUCUCAAGGAUGUCCUUGCAAGAGAAAAAUAUGAAUUUGUAUUGGAUCGUGCAUGUGCCCAGUUUGAGCCAGAUGACCCCGAGUAUCACCGCAUCACCAGUACCACGUAUGAAGCAGUUGAAGCCCGGCGCCACUACCAAAUACUGCACUCUACACGGCACUAUGGACCCAUGUGCUUUUAUCUGGCAUGGAACAGGAAAAUGGAUAACUUGUUGAUUGAUUUGAUACAAAGGGAGAUGCUAUCAAAUGCAGCAGACUUGGUACAGUUGUAUCACAUGAUGCAUGCUGACUGCAAGUCAAAAACAUUGAAUGUGGACCAGAACCAGCAUAUAGAAUUUAUUAAGGCAUACAUGGAACAUGACUCUUUGCGUCGACCUCAACUACAGCUGGCAAUACAAGCUUACGAGGAUCUGUUGAAUGAGAGACAGCAAUAUGAAAAAGAAGUCAAAUUAGCUCAUGGCUUAUGAUCUUAGAGGAGGAGGUUUCUUUCAUUUAUGGUCAGAGACAAAUAGUUUUUCUUUUUUGUUCAAGUUAAGAAAGUCCACUAUUUAAAUGGGCAGUAUUGAGCAUAAGUACAAUAUGGUAAAAAAUUUGAAGCUUUCACUUGUGUAUGGUCUUCUAUUUCACCCUUUUUUUGUCAGAGUUGUUCAAUUUAAAUAUGAAUAAAGCAGCAACAUCAGGUAACACAAAUCUGAAAAAUCGGGAAAAGGAAAUGUGCCACCAACUGCUACGUUUUUGAAACAAAAACUUCACAUAAUAAAUCAUAAGCAUUGAUAUCAGUAAAUUAAUGUUAUUAGUGUACAUAGCUUUUUUGUUUUGUAAAUAAAGUACUAGAAUAAAGGAAA